AUGGAGGUCAUGACACUAGGAAAGCACAAAAAUGGAAGCCCAAGCCCCAAGAACCAUCCAACCACCACUAGUCCAAGCCCCAGGAACCAUCCAACCACCACUAGUCCAAGCCCCAGGAACCAUCCAACCACCACUAGUCCAAGCCCCAGGAACCAUCCAACCACCACUAGUCCAAGCCCCAGGAACCAUCCAACCACCACUAGUCCAAGCCCCAGGAACCAUCCAACCACCACUAGUCCAAGCCCCAGGAACCAUCCAACCACCACUAGUCCAAGCCCCAGGAACCAUCCAACCACCACUAGUCCAAGCCCCAGGAACCAUCCAACCACCACUAGUCCAAGCCCCAGGAACCAUCCAACCACCACUAGUCCAAGCCCCAGGAACCAUCCAACCACCACUAGUCCAAGCCCCAGGAACCAUCCAACCACCACUAGUCCAAGCCCCAGGAACCAUCCAACCACCACUAGUCCAAGCCCCAGGAACCAUCCAACCACCACUAGUCCAAGCCCCAGGAACCAUCCAACCACCACUAGUCCAAGCCCCAGGAACCAUCAAACCACCACUAGUCCAAGCCCCAGGAACCAUCCAACCACCACUAGUCCAAGCCCCAGGAACCAUCCAACCACCACUAGUCCAAGCCCCAGGAACCAUCCAACCACCACUAGUCCAAGCCCCAAGAACCAUCCAACCACCACUAGUCCAAGCCCCAAGAACCAUCCAAUCACCACUAGUCCAAGCCCCAAGAACCAUCCAAUCACCACUAGUCCAAGCCCCAAGAACCAUCCAAUCAGCACUAGUCCAAGCCCCAGGAACCAUCCAACCACCACUAGUCCAAGCCCCAGGAACCAUCCAACCACCACUAGUCCAAGCCCCAGAAUUUGGUGUAUUAUCUUGGAUAUGCAGUAG